UCUCACCAUGCUCGGGACUGGCUGCACAUCACCACUUUCACCACACGUCAGAGAACCCUAUCAAUGUCCAGUCUGACAUAGUCACAUCAAGCUCGCCGCCGAUCAACUAGCCUCAAUCUCAACAGUGGCAUCAUAGCGCGCCACUCCACCAUGAAGAUGCGGAUCAUGGUCGAUGAGUCUGCUUCCCCAAUCUCCUGAGCGAAACCCCGUCCCACUAUCUAUUUACCGCCAGGCGGUACGAAUACACCGUACGGAUAUCAAAGAGACAGACGCCCGUGGAAUCGGGACUCAGACCUGCCUGGACCGAAACCCAGAGCCUGGGAGGGGCGCGCUGGUUGCUCUGCUCAGCUGUGCUUGCAAACUUGCCGGUGGCCACACUGAAGUUGGGACUUCACAAGUUCAUUCACACGAUGCUACACUGCAUCGCGAACCACGGGCGCUAUGCUACAACUGGAUGCCCGAAAUUGCCUAUUGGGCUGGCGAGAUCAGCCUCUGCAGACCAUUAUAUGGGCCCCUUCACAUCAUGAUCCAUCAUAGCUCCGUCGUCGACAGCCUCACUCGUCGGGAGCUUGCGCCCGGGGAUCCCUGUGCAGCGGCCCCAUCAAGUCGUUACGAGGCUGCUCUCGCUCGCCUGCAGCCUCUGCAUUGCUCCCAUUCUCGAAUGGCCCGGACUGGCCAGUGGCACGCACAUAUGGCCCAUGGACUACGCUAGAACGGCACAUGAUGACAAGACUCCAAGAGCUGCCUCUGCGCACCACACAGACCACACACUUUUUUUUUUUCUUCCCCUUCUACUGCACCACGGCCACCCUUGUCGACGUUCAAGACAACCAGCUUCGCUCAACGGAGUACCAGAAUGACAC